CCUUCCGCCGUCGGUAUCACCGGCCGAUAUCUGACUAAUCUGGCGAACUCCGACGAGCUGGCAGAGCUGGAAAGGAAGAACCGAGAGGUGGUUCUUUCGCUCUAUGAAGCCUUGAGCUGCCGCGACGUCGAAACCGUCACCAAGAUCCUCGCCCGCGACCUCGAGUGGUGGUUCCAUGGCCCUCCUUCCCACCAGUUUAUGAUGCGAUUGCUCACCGGCGCCGACAACAACAGCAACAUCAAAGAUCAGUCGAUUCAAUCGUCCUUCUCCUUUUCCCCCAAAUCGAUCGCCUCCUUCGGAUCGAUCGUAAUCGCUGAAGGCUGCGAUUCGGAGCGCGGGAUCUACUGGGUCCACGCCUGGACCGUCACGGAUGGGAUAAUUACCCAGGUCAGGGAGUACUUCAACACGUCUCUCACCGUCACGCGCCUCUCCAGCUCCUCCGCCGCGGCCAAAAUCGGCCGUUCAAGGUCGAAGUCCAGGUCGUCAGCAUCAUCGACGGCCGAGAUUGCUUCCGUGCAUUACUGCCCUUCCGUGUGGGAGAGCAGCCUCUCCAAUCUGGUGGGGAAGUCCGUUCCAGGGCUCGUUCUCGCUAUCUGA